AUGAGUGAGCUGGAGCAGCUUCGCCAGGAGGCUGAGCAGCUGAGGAACCAGAUACGAGAUGCCAGAAAAGCAUGUGGGGAUUCCACCUUGACACAGAUUACUGCUGGUUUGGAUCCAGUGGGGCGGAUACAGAUGCGAACAAGACGCACCCUUCGAGGCCAUCUUGCUAAGAUCUAUGCCAUGCAUUGGGGGGCGGAUUCAAGGCUUCUUGUUAGCGCCUCUCAAGAUGGCAAACUGAUCGUGUGGGACAGCUACACCACUAACAAGAUCCACGCCAUCCCCUUGCGCUCCUCCUGGGUGAUGACCUGUGCGUACGCGCCAUCUGGGAACUACGUGGCAUGUGGAGGACUUGAUAACAUCUGCUCCAUUUACUGCCUGAAAACACGUGAGGGGAACGUCAGGAUCAGCAGGGAACUACCUGGACAUACAGGUUACCUGUCAUGUUGCCGUUUCAUUGACGACAAUCAAAUCAUCACGAGUUCAGGAGACACCACCUGCGCGUUGUGGGACAUCGAGACAAGCCAACAGACUACGGUGUUCUCGGGCCACACGGGCGAUGUCAUGAGUCUGUCCCUGGCACCCGACCUGCGCACUUUUGUGUCAGGAGCCUGCGACGCCUCGGUCAAGCUGUGGGACAUUAGAGACAGCAUGUGUAGACAGACCUUCACUGGACACGAGUCGGAUAUCAAUGCCAUCUGUUUCUUCCCCAACGGAAGCGCCUUUGCCACUGGCUCCGACGACGCCACCUGCAGGCUGUUCGACCUGCGCGCAGACCAGGAACUCAGCCUCUAUUGCCAUGACAACAUCAUCUGCGGAAUCACCUCGGUGGCUUUCUCCCGCUCAGGCCGCCUACUGCUGGCGGGCUACGACGACUUUAACUGCAACAUCUGGGAUGCCAUGAAGGGAGACAGGGCAGGAGUCUUGGCCGGCCAUGACAAUCGUGUGAGCUGCCUGGGUGUGACUGAUGAUGGCAUGGCUGUAUCCACCGGGUCCUGGGACAGCUUCCUCAAGAUCUGGAAUUGA